UGGUGUCCCAUUUCUUAGCGGAAAAUUUGUAAACCUUCCCCUUGCCACUUUGUUUCAAGGGGCAAGGGGAAGGGGCGAGGGAUAGAAAAUAGAAUUGGGCCGUGUCAUUCUUUUUUCUUCUUCUGCUUCUCUGUGUGUUGCAGAACACACCGCUAUUUUAUUAUUCUGAGCUCCGUUGUCUUUCUCGUGGAUCAGCAUUGUAACACGAGUUUUUUUUUCUGCAGAGCAUCGUAUCAGACUAAGGAGCAACAUGAUGCAAGGAGUCCGCGUUAUUUUCGGGGCAACUUGUUUGACGUGCACCAUAAGUACACGGUGAGCUUCAAUGAGUCCGCGCCUUGAAGAGAACAUUGUUUGUAAUCUUUCUGUACCCAUGCUUUACAUUUUUAACAAAAAGUUGCCUGUGAGUAAACGGUAAUUAGCGGACCCCUUGCAGUUCCACCGCGGACCCCCGGUUGAAGACCCCUGGUCUAACGGAAAACUUAAUAUUUAGAUACAUACUAUAUUUAGCCUUUAACCACAAUGGGGUACAAACCGUAAGACCACUAUCAAAAAAACAAAAAUCUUCACCAAAAAUAAUUUCUUAAUCUGCACUUUUUUGUGUGUUACUAAUUAAUAAACUAUUUAGUUUGUUACCUCUUUAAAUCUGUUAUAAAAUGUGAAAUGUACUAUUUCAGUAUAAACCAGAAGCGAAAUGAUGUUCUAGUGGCCCUCCUACCAGGAAACACAUCAGUUUGGGGUUGAUGUUAUCUCAGUCUCUGAUAUAAAUAAUGAGCAGACCACAGUCAGACUGACAGCUCUGAGACAGACACACAGCUCAAGAGAUCAUGGAUGCUGCAGUGCUGGAAAACAUUUUCUUACUAGUGCUGGUCACUCUUUUGAGCGUUGUUCAGAAUGCAUUCUUCGCCCUAAAGGUUGAGAAACAGUGUACAGGCAGCAAUUCUAAGCAGCAUUCUGCUGCGUUUGAGCGCUUGUCUUGUGCCACGCGUAACUGCAUGGAUACCUACCCAACCUUCCUGGCAGUAAUGUGGUGUGCUGGUAUCUGUCUCAGUCAAGCUCCGGCUGCAUUCGCUGGUGUUAUUUACCUUGUGGUCCGACAGAAGUACUUUGUUGGCUACAUGGGGCAGACAUGCCAGAGCAUUCCUGGCUUCCUGUUUGGGAAACGUGUCCUCUUCUUCCUAUCACUCAUGUGUAUUGUGGGAAUCAUAAAUUACCUGCUGCUCAACUACGCCGGCGAAGACUACAAAGACUACAUACAGACCAUCACCAAAGCAGCGUCAACCCUCCUGCUUCUGCCUUAAACUGUGUUCAGUGAUUGAAUAAUAAAGACUGGUGGUGUCGAUUA